UAUAAGUGGGGUUGUAAUAUUCUAACAUAAGAUACAAGAAUACGUCACGUCACUGGCAAAUUGUAAUUAUAUUGUUAAAAAUCAUUUAAAAGUAAAGAGACAUGUAUGAUAUAAAUAUAUUAAAUGUAGCAGAGGCUUGUGAACUAUUUCAAAAGUGGAGAGAAAAUAACGAAAGAAACAGCGAGGAUGUCAUAUAUAUUUGGAAGGCCGUUUUGGAGUACAAUUUAACAAAAUUAGGGAACGAUAAGUAUUCUAUACUAGAGCAAGUGUGCAUAGCAGCAUUGGAUUGUUACCGUAUUGAUGUGGUUGACUUCUGCAUUAAACAGUUAUCAUAUCAGUUCCCUAAUAGUACAAGAGUAAAGAAACUAUAUGCUAUGAGAUUAGAAGCACAAGAACAAUACGAUGAUGCCUUGAGAGUGCUUGAUUUAAUAAUUAAAUCAGAUGAUACCAAUAGUGAGUCCAGAAAGAGAAAAAUUGCAAUUUUGAAAGCACAACGAAAGAAUACUGAAGCUAUAAAAGAAUUAACAGAAUAUUUAAAAGUGUUUAUGGCAGAUACUGAGGCAUGGCAGGAAUUAAGUGAGUUAUACAUAUCAGAACAAGACUUUAACAAAGCUGCAUUUUGUUUAGAAGAGCUAAUUUUACACAAUCCUCAUAAUCAUUUACUGCAUCAAAGAUAUGCUGACAUUCGAUAUACUCAAGGUGGUUUUGACAAUUUAGAAUUAGCAAGGGCCUAUUACUGUCAGGCCUUACGGCUAAAUUCUAAUAAUAUCAGAGCCCUGUAUGGGUUAUUUCUGUCAGCUAGUAACAUUUCUGUAUCUUCAAAGUGUGCUGCUCAGAAAAAGAAAGAGAACAGCAAAAUAGCAGAAUGGGCAAUGACAGAAAUAAAUAAAAAAUACACUUCAGUGAAAAAUAAGAAUCUAAAUAUUGAAGAAUGCCUUGCAGCUUUACAAAUUAGUUAAUUGUUAAAAUAAUUAUUUAUAUACCUAUCAUUUAAGUAAGUAAUUGUAGUUUACUUGGUGUAAAAUUGUACAUAAAUAGACAGUUGUUGCAGAUAAAUUCCGACAAAACAGAGUUGUGUAAGUAAAUUAAAAAACAUUAAUACGUAAAAUUCCAAUUUAGAAGUACAUAAUGAAGUAGACUAUUUGAUAAUUUGUGUGGUAGGGAAAAUAAUAAAAGUGUUCUUUUUAUACAGAAAUUGAAUAAAGGUGUCAUGUAAUUGUAAUUGUGAAUAAAAGUAUUUGAUUAAGAA